AAUUUCGCGGCAGCUGCCCCUUUCUUCACGAAAACUCGAGUCACAAAAUCCGUAGUGCCAGUCCACCAGAACGCAGCAAGAUGUGUCCAUCAAAGUACCCGUUUACCCGCCAUAUCAGCUUCAAAUGCGACAAUGAGACCAACACUACAACCAUACCUCCACCAACCGUCAAAUAUGCUGAAGCCAACAGCAGUUGGUGGUACUCGGAGCAUUUUCAUUCAGACAGAGAACACUCCAAAUCCUGACGCCCUCAAAUUCCUACCGAAUCACCCUAUACUUCCAAAGGAGUUAUCAUCUCCAUUUCUUGAAUACCUAAAUCCUCGGUCAACUCUCGCACCGCCACAUCCUUCACCACUUGCCGCAAGCUUAAUGAAUAUCGAUGGAAUAACGUCCGUAUUCUAUGGCGCAGACUUCAUCACCGUCACGAAAGCUACAGAUGCCAACUGGGCGCAUGUCAAGCCGGAGGUUUUCAGUCUCAUCACAGAAGCUGUAACCUCUGGUGCUCCGAUUGUCAACAUCACCGAAAACAAAUCCGGAGAGGCUGGCCAGGAGGGCAAUGAAGAGGAUAGCUUGAGCUAUAACGAAAAUGAUAGUGAGGUAGUGGGAAUGAUUAAGGAGUUGCUUGAGACCAGGAUUCGACCAGCCAUCCAAGAAGAUGGUGGAGAUAUUGAAUUCCGUGGGUUUGUGGAUGGGCAGGUGUUGUUGAAACUCCGCGGAGCAUGCAGAACUUGCGAUUCAAGCACCGUAACCCUGAAGAACGGUAUUGAAGGGAUGUUGAUGCAUUAUAUUGAAGAGGUGAAAGGUGUAAAUCAAGUGCUUGACCAGGAAGAGGAGAUUGCUUUGCAGGAAUUCGCAAAGUUUGAGGAGAAAUUGAAGCAGCAAAAGGGCGCUGACGCAGUCGCCUCCACGGUCGGCAAAGGUAGCCUGGAUACUGUACCAUUUUGA